UUUAUUAAUUACUUAUAGUGUAGUAGAUGGGGAAAAAGGAAGGGGGAGUAAAGAAAAAAGGAAAUGGUAUGUAAUUAAAAGCUAAAAGCAGCUUUCUUUCAUUGAAGCAGCAGCAGUAGUAUACAACCUUUAUUCAGAUCAGAUAUAUUGAAUAUACAAACAAAUCAAGAAAUCACAAAGAUUACAGCUUACAGCAAUGGAUGCUUUGAGAAAGCAAGCUAGCAAAUUCAGAGAGCAAGUCGCUAAACAGCAACAGGCAGUCAUCAAGCAGUUCAGUGCAACUGGUUAUGAAAGUUCUGAUGUUAUGGUCAUUGAUGAGAUGGAGAUGCAAUUACAUCAUCAACUGGACAAGUUGUAUAAGUCUACCCGUGAAAAAAGGGAUUUUCAGAAAGAGAUUGUUAAGGCAGCUGAAACAUUUACAGCUAUAGGAUAUAAGCAUAUAGAAGCAGGAACUAAAUUAUCAGAAGAUUGCUGCAAAUAUGGAGUCGAAAAUCCCAAUGACGAGGUGUUAGCUAAGGCUGCUUCUCUUUACGGUGAUGCUCGUAAGCAUGCUGAGAAGGAGGUUGAAGAUCUAAACAAUCUGUUCUUCAGUCAGGUACUAGAACCAUUGAGAGCUAUGGUAGCUGGUUCUCCCUUAGAGGAUGCUCGUCAUCUUGCUCAGCGCUACAGUAAAAUGAGGCAAGAAGCAGAGAUACAGGCAACCGAAGUUUCUAGAAGACAAGCGCGGGUGAGGGAAGCUCCUAUCCCAGAGAAUGUGGCAAAACUGCACUCAGCCGAAGCUAGAAUGCAGGAACUCAAAGCCAACAUGGCAGUACUAGGUAAAGAAGCAGCUGCAGCAUUAGCUGCUGUAGAAUCACAGCAGGAGAGGCUUACAUUUCAGAGGCUUGUUGCAAUGGUUGAAGCAGAAAAGCUUUAUCAUGAAAGAGUUGCUGUUAUUCUGGGUAAUAUUGAAGCUGAGAUAGUUUCUGAAAAACAGCGAAAAGAGGCUGCUCCUCCUGUAGCCACACUUCCUGUAAACCCUCCAGCCCAAAUACCUGAGAAAACAAAAUACUUUUUGGCCGAGGCAAUUCAUUCGUUUGAAGCUGAAUCAGAAAAGGAGCUAAGCUUGUCUGUCGGUGAUUAUGUUGUUGUUCGUAAGGUGACUCAAUCAGGAUGGUCAGAAGGAGAAUGCCAAGGCAAGGCAGGUUGGUUUCCAUCCGAGUACGUGGAGAAACGACAAAGAGUACCUACUUCUAAUGGAGCAACUGAAGUUUACUGAGACAUGGUGUUUUUUGCUGCUGGUAUUUGUUGAACUGUUCUCAGUACCUCCUUUUAUGCAAGUGCAUAGAGUGGAGUGUGUAACAUGUUCGUUUUAGUUUCUUCAGUGUUAUACUGGACAGAAAAGAUCACACAAAAUGCUUUUGGUCUUUUCCCUUUCCCCCUUUGUUUUUCACAGAAAAUGCCCUCCUCCUCCUCCUCCUCUACCCGGCAGCGAAAAAUGACUUGUGUAAUUUAUCUUUGAAGAAGAUGGUUGUGGAAAUUGUUUUGGAAAUUUGUGAAUUUUAUGAAAGAAACACUGUUCUUUAA